GAUUUGUCAGAUGGGCCCUUAAUCGCAAAUCCCUCUCGAAAUGUAACGCGAGAUUCCUUUUCGCGUGCAUCGCACAGCUCUGUUUACGCAUCCCGCGACACGCGCGACGCAAAGGGCAUGCCGCGGACUGUGGUGAAUUUCUCAUCUUGACGUUUCUCAUUAUUUAUUAAACAGCAAACAAACAAUUUUGUUAUUGUUUAGUGUUUAUCUCGUGCAGCUACAACGCGCGAAAGAAUUACUAGUAAAAUUAUACUAACUAUCAUUGUGAAUCUGUAAAACCCACGUCCCUAUCGGAAAUGGCAGAAUUGGACGAGCUCGACCGAUGCCGAUUGUGUUCGUCACAAAACAACCUCACCGACAUCUUCAGCGUUUCGAACAAGGACGAGCUGUUCCGGAUGAUUUAUGCGUGCACUUCGAUCCGGAUUACCUUCGAACGGGACUUCCCGGGUGCGGUGUGCACCAGCUGCAUCCGUAUCGUCAAACAGUUCUAUUCCUACCGUCAGAAGUGCUUGGACCAUGAUCGGAACUUGAAACGGUUGCGCGGAGAAGACGACGAGGAGGACGAAGACGAAGUGGACUUGGACGAUUCGUUGAAUAAAUCUAAGAAACGGAAGCAGGAACGAGAAACACGCGACAGGAAGUUCUACGAGGACGUGAAGAAGCAGAUUCAGAGCUUUCUAGCGUCGCAAGUGAAGGAAGUGGAACGGAAAGCCCUGGAGAAAGUGGACAAUGCAUUGAAGCAGCGCAAGGGAAGCAAACCGGGAACCGAAGAAGUUUUGCUACAAAUGACGGUCGAACCCGCCGACGGGAUUUGCGAGGAAGUGGAGUACGAAGUGCUAAACGAUUCAACGGUAUUUUGUCCGCAGUCACCACCGGCACAGGAAGAGUACAAAGUUGAGAUGGAAAGCGUCUACUUUGCGGCAUCGGAUAACGAAGACGCAGAAGAGGAACCCAGUUUUGCUGGAUUUGACGAACGGUCGCAGACGAAGGGGAGUGUCGCUUCCGAAAGAAAGGCCGCAGGGGCUAAGAAGAGAAAAGUUUCCGCGGAAGAUGUCCCCGUUACGGUACACACUAAGGCCUUGGAGAAGCAGCUCUCGGAGGCACAGAAGAAGAUCGACACGCUGACACAGCUCGGCUACGAGCUGGAACUGAAACGGUUGAGGCUGGAGAGUGGCGGGGGAACUGUUUCGGCCCGUUUUACGACAGUUGAAGAUAUUCCCAUAACCCGACAGGAGCUGGAGGCAAUAAACGAUCGUUCCUCCUCGGACAGCAUGUUCGUCGGGAUGCUCAUCACUCGGCUCGUUGCCCCUAACGAAUUGAUCAACAUGAGUUGCACCGGACAUGCUUCGCUUCGAUUCGCCAGGUUGAAAAAGCCCGACGGUUCGCCGAUGUAUCCCCCAACGGAGAAGAUCGAUCCGCGAAUCUUCGAUUUUGUCUGCAGUGAGUAUAUUGUGAUCUAGGUCUGGUGCAGGGUUGGUAAUGACUGACUGUCAUGAAAAUAGGAACUUUGGAAUCUCUCUUGCUUGAGAACAGACACUUAAAAGAUUUUCUUCUUCUUCUUGGCAUUUACGUCCUCACUUGGACAGAGCCUGCUUUUCAGUUU